GGAGCUUCUGAGCGGGGGGGGGGACGUUUCCGGUUCUGUUACCGCCGCCGCUUGUUGGAGACGCCGCCGGUGGUGCCCACUCCUGUCUUUGCGGGAUGUAGCAACGAGGGCAGCCCGGCUUUGCAGAGCUGGAAUGGCAAGCUAGGCGGAAGUGUGAGCUGGUAUCCUGCAAAGUACAUCAUUUUCUCCUAACAAUUUGGAGUGAGAAUUCAUAAGGGUGCUGGAGAAGUCUGGUGUUCUACUUUUGCAGAAGUCCGGGUCUGGUGUCUGUGUGCCGACCAGAUGUUGUCCCGUAAAGGAUCCUUAACUAGCCAAGGAAAUGGACCUUCAAAUAAUGUCAGAGACAGGGAAGACGUGGAACUGGCUGAACUUGGACCCCUGCUGGAGGAGAAAGGAGACCAAAUGGCAAUUAACUCAUCCAGUGCUCAAGACCAGCCAUGUCCAGCAACCCAGGAGGAGGAAGAGGAAGAGGUGCGGGUGCUGACUCUCCCUUUGCAAGCACAUCAUGCUAUGGAAAAAAUGGAGGAAUUUGUAUAUAAGGUCUGGGAGGGUCGCUGGAGAGUUAUUCCAUAUGAUGUCCUGCCAGACUGGCUGAAAGAUAAUGAUUACCUUUUGCACGGCCAUCGGCCCCCCAUGCCAUCUUUCAGAGCCUGCUUCAAAAGCAUCUUCCGUAUACACACUGAGACAGGCAACAUCUGGACACACUUAUUAGGUUUUGUGUUAUUUCUUGGCCUGGGAAUUUUGACCAUGCUUAGGCCAAAUAUGUACUUCAUGGCCCCUCUUCAAGAAAAGGUGGUGUUCGGAAUGUUCUUCCUUGGAGCAGUGCUGUGUCUCAGCUUUUCCUGGCUUUUUCAUACAGUCUACUGUCAUUCAGAAAAGGUGUCUCGGACAUUUUCCAAGUUGGAUUAUUCUGGAAUAGCUCUGCUAAUUAUGGGGAGUUUUGUUCCAUGGCUGUACUAUUCUUUCUACUGCUCUCCACAACCUCGACUUAUCUACCUCUCCAUUGUGUGUGUGCUGGGUAUCUCAGCAAUCAUUGUUGCACAGUGGGACAGAUUUGCAACACCUAAGCACAGGCAAACAAGAGCAGGAGUGUUCCUGGGGCUGGGGCUGAGUGGUGUGAUCCCCACCAUGCAUUUCACCAUUGCAGAAGGCUUUGUAAAAGCCACCACUGUGGGCCAGAUGGGCUGGUUUUUCCUUAUGGCCGUAAUGUACAUAACAGGAGCCGGGCUGUAUGCUGCCCGAAUUCCAGAGCGCUUCUUUCCUGGCAAGUUUGACAUCUGGUUCCAGUCCCACCAGAUCUUUCACGUGCUGGUGGUGGCCGCAGCCUUCGUCCAUUUCUAUGGAGUCUCCAAUUUGCAGGAAUUCCGUUAUGGACUUGAAGGAGGAUGUACUGAUGACUCUCUUCUCUGAGGACUUUAGAGGACUUUGGUACAAGCUUCCCAAGUGCUUUUAAAAUAACUUCUUUGCUAAAAUCAAAAGAAGACUGAACCUUUUUUUAAAAAAAAAAUUGGUGGUGUUGGCAACGGCCAUUCCUGGCUUUCCUUUUCUCAGGAAGAUGGGUUGGGGUGGGGGGUGUGGUUUGCCAACAGUGUCCACUGGGUGGAAGUGCCUCCAGCAGCAAGCCCCUUCUUGACAAGUGAGUUGACCACUCACAGGAAUAACACUGGUGGUUUUCUGGACACUAGACAAAUUCUGGCACCUGGCAAAAAGGAAAGGGGCUUGUUACCUGCUCUUUGAUGCUGCACACAUACCCCAUGCUUGAAGAAACUCUAUAUGGUCGUUACCCAUCAGAUACCCAUUUCUCCUUUGGAUCUGUAAGAGAUGAGUUGCACUUGCGUGGCAGGGCACUGGCGGCUCAUAGCAGGAGAGCUCAGAGGAGGACGCAUAGGGCCAUUUAACUAGAGAAUCGUCUCUGACUUGACAAAGUAAUGUAUGCCUGAAAAGAGAGUAUUUAAUAUUUAAUAAGCUUUAAAAAAAGUUGCUAUCCCUCCAGCAUAUUGUUACUGGAGAGCUAUUCAUGGUAUUACAAGUGGGGCGUUUAGAGGAUUGUAGAGCUGCUGUUGCUUUUAUGCCACGGUGACUGAAAUAAAUGGUCUGUAGCUUUUAAUGUCGGGCAUUUCAGGAGUUCAGCUCAAAUGCCUGCAGAUAAUUUUUCUCCCCUGGAGGGACUGAAUGGGUUUUCUUCCCUUGAGCCCUACAGAGUAUCCUGUGGGAUCUACAGGCUUGGAACUUGGGAAUGUUUUAUGCUUCUAUAUUGUUGGCCCUGAAAUCAUCUGGACAGAAGUAUGUUGCUAGUGUCCAUGUUCGCUACAGCCUUUCAGCCUAGUGGUUCCCCCUUCCACUCACCCACUGACCCACACAAAAACAGCAGCCUCCUUCACAGCAGUCUCUUACUACAUUUGAAGCUCCUGAUUUUGAAAAGCAUUUUGUGCUUUCAGAUAGGAGUGGCUUCUGGAAGAUAGAGGGAAAAUAGGAGAAAAGAAAAUCCAGCUGCACAGAUUAAAUUGGUUGCAGUUCUCAGCAUUCUGGCCGUAUUGAGAAGCAUAAGGGCGUGUGGCAGAACAACAACGGUAUGCCCUUCUUCUCUCUACCUCCUAGAUAUCUUUACUAGACUAAUCCUGGCAGGACAGCCUUCUGUACUUAUGUGCCUGGGAUAUGUUUUGUUUAAGACUUUUCAAAGGAGUGGAUUUGUUUUGGUAUUUUAGAAACAUUGCGCUUAAGCUUCGCAUCCCCCCUUUAAGGAGGUUGUCUGUCUGCUGUGGAGUAGCUUCCUGUUGCUGGAAGCUAAGAAAGCGGAGUUUCUAAUCCACUUCCCCAUUAGAAUGUUAUUAACAUGUGCAAACUAAUGGGAAGAGAGGUUAUUUGCCUUUUGCCAGCAAAAGAGGUGAGCUAGACCUGUUUUUCCAGCUGAUGACCUUUGGUGAAACUUCCUCUUUGUAAGAAGCUCUCCCACCUCCUUACCCCUUUCUGCUUGCUGUUAGACUGUAGGCGAGAGUAGAUGCUGCUAGUUAGAUGACCUUGUGCUGUUUUUGUUCCAGUUGCACUUGGAGAGGAACAUUUGGUGGGCCAGUUGGAAGUUGGUCCUGCUGGUGGCCUCUGCCAGCGUCCAGUUUCUCACUACAUGAGCUACUCAGAACUUCAUAUCACAUUGUACAAAGGAGUUCAUACGUGCUUGGCUUUGUAGCUUUAGAUUAAAUUGAGUGCUCCCUGGUGAAACCAGGUCUAAAAUAUGGUUAGUUAGAACUAACACAUGUACACAUACAAUUAGUCCAAAACAUGCUGAACAUCCAUUCCUGUUCUAUUUUGGCCUCAGCUUAAGUAUGUUAGGGGGUGGGAACAGAGAUUAAGCUGUGUUCGAGUCUAGAUGAAGUUGGUCUAAACCACUUCCAAGGAUUUAAUGUUAUGUUGGGGGCUGGUGUGCACCCCAUCCUAGCCUCCUAAAAGUAGGAACAGCUCCUUUAAUUUGUCUGAACGAAUCUGCACUUCUGUUUUAGUGACCUCCUUUUUUAAGAGUGAAUGUCAAGUGAAUGUCAUAAACACCCAGACUUGCCAACACUCGGUGGUUGGACAGGGCAACCUGGUGCCAUGUGGAGUUCUGCACAGAGGUGAUUUCCCCAGAUUUUCCCUUGGGAUGUGAAAGUAGUCCUCUUCAUUAUUUGCAGCUGCCAAAUGGGCCAAGCAACUAAAGUGUAUCACUUGAAGGCCCAUUUCUGUAUGGAAAGAAAAUCGCUAACCCUCCAGAUCCAUUAAUUGUUGUUCAGAGAGGAAAGCUGGUGAGAAACCUCCCAGAGUAUGCCUGGUUUUCGUGUUUAUUUCUCCUAAGAUAUUCAUUGAGGAGCAAAAUACCCAGCCCGGUCAUCAAGCUGUUGGGAAAUUAGAGGUAUAACGCUUAAGGACGGGACUUGAACUUGUCCCUGGCAAGCAGUGGUUUUCUAAGAGCGCUGAUAUUUUUCUCUCUGGUUGCAAAAAAAGCAUGUGGCAUGCUAUGUUUUAGAGAUUCUGCCCCAUACCCUCACCUUCAUCCCAGCCACCCCAAUGAAAGCUGAACAGAACAGACUGGUGCAAUCUACCUCAAGCAUACUAAACCCAUAUCAGUUGUUACUCCUUCACCAAAAGCUUUAUAACUGAGACAAUGCAAUUGUGUUGCAGAAUAAUCUCCUGCAAAUAAUAGCUGCAUUUUAGCUAGAACAGUCUUGUUCUUUCUGAAGAGCUCUGCAAGUUUAACUGUGCCAGAACAAGCUCAUGGACUGUUUGGGUUUUUUUAAACAUCUGAGAUGAGCUGACUCCCCAGCGAUUAAAUGGGAACUUGUUGAACUUUGGUACUUUCUGUUCAGUGGAAAGUAGAAGAAAUUACCCUGUGCUUAGUGCCAUGAACCCCAUGCUGCAGGCCCUAUGGCCACUGCUCACCGAAAAACUGCUGUCAGACGGGUACAAGAUUAGCAUAUCUUGGGAUAAAAACAUGUGUUCCUUUGGCGCCCCAAGGGAAUCCCUUAAUUUCAGCCAUUAGGAGGGUAUUGGAGCUGUUCCUUUAUUUGCCUUAUUUUUUCAUUUUCCUAAGUAGUUUUUGUAGCCACAUAGAGUGCACAUGGAUAAUUUUUCUGUACUUUUUCAGAAACAUUGAAACUCUUACUAGGAAGGUUUGUGUAAGAUUAAUUGCUACAGCUGUGUUCUAGAACUCUUAGGGAAGGGAUGGAGAAAGUAACUGUCAAAGAGCUGGUUACAGGAGAGGCAACUAACCUUGCUCUCAAAAAAGAGCAUGAGUGCAGUGAACGGGAAGGUUAAGAAUACAGUCGUCUACAAUGAGUUCAAGAAUCUUCACCAUUUAAGGAGGAGUUUGACAUCUUUGAGAGUUUUUUUGUAGAUUUCAUUUUAACUGAAGAGAAAUGUCAAGUCGCCUAAAUGGUGUGGAUUAGAAAGGGUUGGGGGUAAGAAAUAGUUUUGCAUUUCCUGCAUUUCAGGGGGUUGAACUUGACGGCCCUUGGGGUCUCUUCCAACUCUGAUUUCAUGAUUUUUUAGUACACCCAAGCAAUCUUGAGAACAUAUGGCUUGUUCUAACUGCAGGAAAUAGUAAUGACAGACAGCUGUUUAGCUUAGCAAAUUGAACAUGAGAAAGUAUGCUAAGGAAAACAGUGCGAAAGAGGCAUUUUUGUAACCCAUAAUAAAAGUGUCCUGCUGAAGUAACAAGUUUUAUUGCACAAAACCUUUGUAGCUGCUAUGAGGUAGGUGUUUGUAUUAACAAGUACAGGUGCGAAAUGGAACUGAACAAACUAUUUGAGAGUAAAUGGAAGUAUUACAUACAUUAACUAUGUGGCUCAAAUGUCCUGACCUCUCUAAAAAUUCAGGCAACUAAUGAAGGUAACGAAAAAAAAUCUUAACAUUUUCAUCACUGGAGAGAUUUAUUAACAUAGAAUUACUGCUCAAUGACUCCAUUAUAAUUGGAAUAAUGCUAGACAUUUAUUGCUUAGAUGUAAAUAUUCAAAUAAGAGAAACAGCAGAUUUUGCAUUGGGGGGUAUAUAGAGAACAAUUUUUUGUUCAGCUUGAUAACUAGGGGUUCUUAAGAGAUGUUCAGAUUUUGAGCAAUAAACAUUUUAAAUUAGUAGAUGUUGCUGUCUAUAACAAUUCCAAAGACUUGUCAGCUAGGAAAGGUCUUGUAAAAUAAUACUUCAGCCGCAAGUGUAUUUUACAGAGGUAAAUAUAGCAGCUAUUGACUUGUCUGGCAAGGAUAAUCGAAUAUCUUUAAUGCAGCUAUAUGUCAAGAUUACAAAUGUUUCCAUACAUCCACACCCAACCCCUUUCCCUUGUUCAUCUUGCUUAUGUACCUUGACUUAUGCAGGUUGUAGAAUUAUACUGUAGUAGCUAUUUGCAGUAAUUAAAGGUGCAUACAGAGACCAAGGAAUGUACCAAAACAAGGGCCAGUAUGUUAACGCUCAACAGGCUGCAUAAAACAGAUUUUCUACAAUGGAAAGCAGAUCAUAGUUUCCAUGUAUAUAUAACUAGGUGGCAUGGAGAAGAAUUCUAACUUAGCCUUGUCCCUGACAUCUAGUUCUCUCUCAUGAUAGGUAUAGUGCGCAUUCAAUCAUAGGAAUUCCCACCUGCAAUCCAAAGCAACAGAGUACAGUUACAGGGUUUUUUAAAGGAAGUGUAUAUGGAAGAGGCAGCACACAACAAUGUCAGAAUCAAUCAAUGAACUAUUAAAACAUUUAGAAAAGUAGGGACCAGGAAAACUUGUAAGGGGAUGGUACAUCUGUGCUUAAGCAAAGCUCAAAUUAGAAAAAUAAUCAGUGUGCUAUGUUGUACAAUACAAAGACAGCUGAAUUAGCAGCAGUAAUUAAUUUUAUUCCACUGUGCAUAUUUACAAGCAUACUUUUUUGCAAGACAGUGAUUUUUUGAGCAAUUGGGAUCAUUACCUAUCUGACUGAGAACACCAUGACAGCAAUAUUACCUCUGAAACUGUCACUGAUUUUGCUAAAUCUUCCCAGGCAAGUAGGAAAGAAUAUUUUCUUGCCUUGAAGUGUGACCUGGCUGUCAUUAGAAAGAGACAGAUUCAUAGUUUACCUAGAAAGUCCACUGAAAAACAGCACGAUAUUCGGAACAAUGGUUUAAAUGGUUUAAAAGCAGUCAAUUGAAAACCUGGGAGACUGAUUGAAUUGAAUACUUUGUGUGCAACUUACAUUAUUUGGGUGGAAAUCAAAGCUUAGUUUCACAGCCUAAGACAAUUUCAGAGAAAGUCACUUUACAAUGCAAGAUACUAUGUUAUGCUAUGAAGUGUUCUGUAAUAUUUCAAUGGACUUCCCACAGCAUCUCCAAUAAGAAGUCCUUCAUUCCAACAGCCUGAUAUAAAACAAAAAGCAGCCCA